GUCAGCGCUGCGCUGAGUCAGCGCGUGCAAACCGGAAACAAAACAGAGCGCAGCGCGCAGCCGCAGUAGCAGGCUGGGCUCGUGACGUCCUGCGGGUGAAACUUCUCCAACUUUUGUUUUAAUUUGGAAAAACUUUAGUUCCCCCCGUUUCCUGUCUUCAUGAUCAGUUAACCUAUUCUGACGUCACACAGGUGAAGGAGCGCGAGGGCUGCUGCCGACUGGACCAAACCGGAAGUGAGCUGCAGCAAUGAAGAGGGGCCGGGUGCUGCCGGUCCUAGUGGGCGGAGUCUUCUGCCUGGCUGUGAUGUCACUGUACCGCAUGCUGGAGCUGAUGCAGGGGGCGGAGCCUGACCGCGGCGGGGGCUCACCUGUCGACCAGGUGGAGGAAGAUUUGUCCCGCCUCCAGCUGAAAAUCGACAGGUUGGAGCGCCUCCUGGUGGACAACAACCGGCUGGUCGCUCGGAUGCGGGACUCGCUGCUGGUCAGAGAGUCACCUGAGGGAAGGGGCGGGGCCAACGUCAGCUCAAACUCCGCCCACAGCCGAGCCGCUGCGCCUCCAGGCUGCCGGAAGGCCGAAGAGCUGAAGGACGGCGCCGAUGGAGUGCAGCUGCUGGACGUCUACGACCUCCUGCCCUUCGACAACCCCGACGGCGGCGCCUGGAAGCAGGGCUUCGAGAUCAGUUACCGUGGAGACGAGUGGGCGGAGCAGCCGCUGGAGCUCUUCCUGGUUCCCCACUCCCACAACGACCCAGGCUGGGUGAAGACGUUUGACGGCUACUACCAGGACCAGACCAGACACAUACUGGACAACAUGCUGGUCAAACUGGGAGAGGACAGCAGCCUGUGGUCACGUGUUUCCUGUCUGCUCUGUGAUUCCAGCCUGGUGGGGGCGGGCCAGCUGGAGCUGGUGACCGGCGGUUGGGUCAUGGCGGAUGAAGCGAACUCUCACUACUUUGCGAUGCUGGACCAGCUGAUGGAGGGCCACCAGUGGCUGCAGACUCACCUGGGCGUGAAGCCGAGCAGCGGCUGGGCCGUCGAUCCCUUUGGCCACUCCCCCUCCAUGACGUACCUGCUGAAGGGGGCGGGGCUUAGCAACAUGCUGAUCCAGAGGGUGCACUACUCCAUCAAGAAGUACUUCUCCCAGCAACGGACGCUGGAGUUUCUAUGGCGACAGAGCUGGGACUCCUCCCCCCGCAGUGACAUCACAUGUCACAUGAUGCCAUUCUACAGCUACGACGUCCCACACACCUGCGGCCCGAACCCGGCCGUCUGCUGCCAGUUUGACUUCCACCGCCUGCCCGGGGGGCGGGUCUUCUGUCCCUGGAGGAUCCCGCCGCAGCCAAUCACAGAGCAGAACAUCAAGGAGAGAGCUCUGCUCCUAUUGGACCAGUACCGGCAGAAGUCCCGCCUCUUCCACUCCUCGGUGCUGCUGGUUCCUCUGGGAGACGACUUCCGCUUCGUGGAGUCAGAGGAGUGGGACGCACAGUUCAGCAACUAUCAGAAGCUGUUCGACUACUUCGACCAGCAUCCCGAGCUACACAUCAAGGUGAGGGCUCACCUGGCUGGGGGCGGGCUUAUUUUCGCUUUAGCCUGUUUGUGUCUUAUUUUUCCCUCCAAACUCUCUGUUGAAGAUGCUGUCAACAUGGAAAAUGCUAAGAGGUUGUUUCAGGCCAUCCUGAAUCUGCGCCAGGUGCUGCUGAGCUCCGCCCACUGGCUAAUCCUGUUGGACAAGAGCCAGUACCACGAAGACCAAUCAAAACCCUUCUUACAAAUGGAUGAGGUGAUUUCGGCGCAGGACGCUUUGCCUCAGAAGACGACGUUGGCGCUUGGCGAUGAGCCCAGGUCGUUGAUCGUGUUGAACCCGACGGAGCAGCUCCGUACGUCUGUCGUCACGCUGGCGGUGGAUUCUCCAGACGCUCGCGUCGUCGAUGCAGCAACUGGUCGACCAAUGGCAGUGCAGGUCUCUGCUGUGUGGGCGGAGCCUAGUAAAGUGUCUGCAGAAACCUUCCAGCUCUCCUUCGCCGCUGAACUUCCUCCUCUGUCGCUCACCGUGUAUCAUGUGAUCAAAGCUCCGGCUGGCUCCGCCCCCCGGGCGCGCUAUGUCGUUCAUCGCCAUGGCGACCCACCAACCGUCCACUCUGAGCACUUCCAGGUGUCCCGGCUCCAAGGAGCUGAAGCCGACUUGCCUCUGUCGCUUAGCAACAAGCACCUUCGGAUGUGGAGCUCCCCGGAAACUGGCCUGCUGCAGAAGGUGCAGCUGCAGUCCGGUCCGGUCCGACAGGUCCAGGUCCGCUUCCUGUGGUACGGAACCAGAACCUCAGGGGAUCGCAGUGGAGCGUACCUGUUCCUGCCGGGAGGGGAGGGGCCUCAGGCCUACUCGUCCUCUGAACCCCCCCUGAUCCGGGUCACUAGGGGCCCCAUCUUCUCUGACAUCACUUCCUGUUUCCCACACUUCACACACACCGUGCGGCUCUACCACCUGGACGGGCAUGCUGGGAAAUCCAUGGAGAUCUCCAACAUGGUGGACAUCAGGUCGGAGACCAACAAGGAGCUGGUCAUGCGGCUCGUCACUGAUGUCGCCAGCGGCAACCGUUUCUAUACCGACCUCAAUGGCUUCCAGAUGCAGCAACGCCGCUCGCUGGAGAAGCUCCCCCUGCAGGCCAACUUCUACCCGAUGACGUCGGCGGCGUUCCUGCAGGACGCAUCGAGUCGUCUGUCGCUGCUGUCGGCGCAGAGCCAGGCGGUGGCGUCGCUGCGACCCGGUGAGCUGGAGCUGGUGCUGGACCGGCGGCUGCAGCAGGACGAUAACCGCGGUCUGGGUCAGGGAGUCACUGACAACAAGCCGACCGCCACGCUCUACCGUCUGCUGCUGGAGGACCGGGGCGGGGCCAAGGAGGUGGGCGGAGCCGCAGUGGAACACCUGUCUCUGCUCGCCCACUUGGCCUCUCUCUCCCUCUCCCAUCCUCCCAUCACCAUGGUCGGCCCGGGCGACGGCCAGCUGCCGAAGCUCCGCCCUUUCCAGGCGCUACGCUCCUCGCUGCCGUGCGACCUUCACUUGUUGAACCUGAGGACGCUGGAGGACCCGAAGGAAGCUGGGAGCCCGUCACAGGAAGUGGCGCUCCUCCUCCACAGGAAGGGGUUUGACUGUAGCUCCGCCCCCGCCCCGCCCCCGGCCUGCUCCUGGAAUGGCCUGGAUGAGCUGGACCUGGACGAUCUGUUCGCUCCGCUGCGGUUCCGCUCGCUGCGCCGCUCCGGCCUCACGCUGCUCCGGGACCACGACCAGCCUGACUCCGCCCACCAGGCGCAGGAGCUCCGCCCCAUGGAGAUCAGCGCAUUCCGCGUGGAGAUCGCCUGAUGAAGCUGCAAGCAGGAAGUCUGGCUCUUUCACAAUAAAAGCCAUCUGAGGUCAA